GGUUGCGCUUGUUUGUAGUCCAGUCAAUUAGUAGCCGUUAUACUUGCACAGCACCGCAAUGUCGACCGCCAUUCGUGCCCAGGCUGGUAGCCUGAAGGCUGCGCCUAUCGCCAAGUCGCUUGUUUUCCGUCCCUGCUCCAUUCGCGCUGCGGGUCGCCCCCAGCUGCGCUCCGCGUCUGGGGAUGCGGGCAGCCGCAUGGCGGUGGUGACGUUCGCCAAGGGUGGCAAGGGAGGCAAGGGUGGAAAGGCCGAGGCGCCUGCCAAGGAGGAGAAGGGCGGCAAGGGCGGUGCUGCCGCCGGCGGCGGCGCGGACGUGCAGAAGAUUGCUGCUGAGGCCAAGAAGGACGCGGAUGAGCGCAUGAAGAAGUGCCUGGCAGUGGUGGGUGACGGCUUCAACACCAUCCGCACCGGCCGCGCCAACCCAGCCAUCCUGGACAAGAUCACAGUCGACUACUUCGGUGCGCCCACGCCACUGAAGCAGAUGGGCACGGUGACGGUGCCGGACGCAUCCACGCUCAUGAUCACGCCCUUCGACAAGACCAGCCUGCGCGACAUCGAGCGCGCCAUCCAGGAGUCCGACAUCGGCAUCAACCCCAACAACGACGGCGAGCGCAUCCGCCUCAUCAUGCCGCCCAUGACCCAGGAGCGGCGCAAGGACCUGGCCAAGCAGGUGUCCAAGAUGGCCGAGGACGGCAAGGUGGCGGUGCGCAAUGUGCGCAAGGACGCGCUGAAGAAGGUGGACAAGGUUGAGCUGCCCAAGGACGACAAGAAGGCUCUGGAGGACGACAUCCAGAAGCUGACUGACACGUAUGUCAAGAAGGUGGAGGACGCAGCCAAGGCCAAGACCGAGGAGGUCAUGAAGCUGUAAUGUAAUGCCCAGCGCUGCCUCGUAUGCUCGAAAAGGAGCUCGCAGCAGUGCUUGCGGAGCUGUCGGGCUAGGCUGCAAGUAGGCGUUCGGAGCUGGUGGAGGCCUAACGGUACAGCGGCGUUGGAGCAGUUUUGGGUUUUGUUAUGAUGUUUAACGGACGUGUGAUGGGACCGGCAGUGCGGGGUUAUGUUUGCGAUGAGAGUGCGGUAUGCAGAAGGUUUAUUGGAUGGGAGUUCGUGUCUUGGCGUCCUAAGGGCGCCAGACCGUGUUGCAAUCUUUGUGCAAGUGAAGCGCUCUGAUGGAGCGUGCGUGUGAUUGCAGCCGUGGGGCUAAUUCACAGCGCUUGCAAGUGUAGUGCACGCUCUUAGAUGCUUGGGCCCAGACGUAACGGUGCGAUGAGCUGUUGUCUCGCGAUCCACACAGUAAUACACAGCAUUC